CCAUCGAUCAGUGUUGCACUUCCCCUCAAGCAUCCCCACACGACACACAGGGCUCUCACAGGCGGCAGCAGUGUUGUAUGUGUGUGUGUGUGAGAGAGAGAGAGAGAGAGAGAGCGGUGCAAAGCAUCACACAACAUGACCAUCCGAAACGUUCUCCGGGAUCAUGGACAGAGGUACCGACCACGGAUGGCUUGUCUCAAAAAGGCAGAGAAGGUGGUCCUCGAGAUGCAGGACCCCACAACGGGAGUGAAGCUACAGCCUCAGAGACUGGUUAUCACCACAAUACCACAUGCUAUUACUGGUGAAGACAUAGUUGUGUGGUUAGCAGACAGAUUCCAAAUCGAUGCACAAGAGGCGAGGAGUUUUGGCUCCAUGCUGGUGGCGUUAGGAUACAUCUACCCUAUACAAGACCACAAGCGUUUAGUGGUCAAACCAGAUGCAUCCCUGUAUCGGUUCCAGACACCAUAUUUCUGGCCCACACAGCAGUGGCCUGUUGAGGAUACAGAUUAUGCAAUCUACCUGGCAAAGAGAAACAUACGUAAGAAAGGAAUCUUGGAGCUGCACGAGCAGGAGCAGUACAACCAUCUUCACAAGUGGAUGAAUCAUAAAUGGGAUUUUAUAGUGAUGCAAGCUAAAGAGCAGUAUAGAGCUGCGAAGGAGAGAAAGAAACCGGACCGUGUGGUGUUUGACUGUCAGGAGAGAGCCUACUGGGUGGUUCAUAGACCUCCGCCAGGGACAGUGAGUGCCAUGGACUAUGGACUGGAAAGACUAAUAGAUCCAAAUGCACACGAGGCAAAAACACCCGAUGACUACGAAAGGAUCAUGAUUUUCACCCAGCAGUCCAUCAUGCGCCCCAGAGUGAAAUCAUCAGUGUCCAUUGGCGCGUUGGUGAAAUACUGCGCCACUUAUAAAGGCCACGACCCUUUUCUGUCCAAGUGUCUUCCCAGCAACCCCUGGCUCACUGAUGAUGUCACAUACUGGGCUUUGAAUAUGCCCAAUGUGGAAAUACCCACUAAAAUGCGUGUGGAGAGGUGGACGUUCAGCUUUGGAGAGCUCCUUUCAGACCCUCGAGGACGAGAUGACUUCAGACUGUUCCUAAAGAAAGAGUUCAGCGGUGAGAACUUGGCAUUCUGGGAAGGUUGUGAGGAUCUGAAGUGGGGCACUGCUGCGACAAUGAAAGAGAAAGCAGAGCAGAUCUACAAGACUUUCCUGGCACGCGGUGCUCCACGAUGGAUCAACAUCGAUGGAAAGACGAUGGAAAUCACAGUGAAAGGUCUGAAACACCCACACAGAUACGUCCUGGAUGCAGCCCAGACUCACAUCUACAUGCUCAUGAAGAAGGACUCAUAUGGCCGAUACCUAAAAUCUCCAGUGUUUAAGGAAACAACGAAGAAGGCCGUAUGUCCCGAGGAACACAAGUUCAGUGACUCCCAGUUGGAGCAAAAUGCAAGAAACAGACGGCCCAGUCUCAGUCCCAUCAUCAUCCGGCAACAGGAGCAGGAGCAAAAGGCCAAGAUGGCCGCCAGUGCCCCUGUUGACAUCACACAGCUGUGCCGCUUUACCACUCCUGUGCCCCACCUCGCUGUCUAUUCUGGCAUGACUGACCCCCCCUCCGCCAACGCCUCGCCCUCUCUUCCCUUUUUGGCCCACACCCCAGCCUGUCCGUCCCCCAUCAGCGUGGCCUUAGACAGCACCUCUGCCUCUGAGCGGCGAGCGGAAGCCAGUGAGGGGGAAAGUGAAGGGAACCCUGAGGCCCGAGCAUCUGCAGGAGGGAACGUGUCCAAGUCUCGCAUGGCUCUAUCCCUGCGUCGUCUACUCAAGCGUGGCUGCACUCCCUCCUCUAUGUUUGCCAGCUUGUCACCUAAAUGUAAUCCAGCUGCCGGGACAAGCAGCCGCAUACAGCCAAUCAGCCCAGAUGAACCUAGUCAGGCUCCGCCCAGACGGAUUGGCAACUUUUUUCAGAUCAAAGUGGAUAUUCCUCCGGAGUGCCGCAUCUACCCCAUUGAGUCUGAGGAUGAGGAUGAGGAGAACAGAGCUGUCUCUCGGGAAAGAGUGGGAACCAAAGAGAUCAUCUGCCCUUGGGAGAGCCUCACUCCACAGAAUGGGACAGGCUAAUACACUGGAAUUACACAGGUAUAAAAUGGUGGGACCAGACCAUAAUGUAUAACAUAAAUUCAAUCAACAAGAGGACAGACUGACAGUACUCUUUCUGGAAUACUCUAAAAAUGGCUGUCUAGAGUGGACCAAACAUUAACUUGAUGAACCUGCCUGCCUGUUGGCUUGAAAUGCCCCAUUGUCACACAUGUUGCAGCAUAAUCCUAACUUCACUGUCCAUGCUCAGAACUUUCAAAACAUUUUGUUUUCAACAAUAUGGCUCAGUACAAAGAGUUUAUGCAGGCGUAGUUAUGUCCAUAUAUAGCAAAUAAUGGUCUGAAGAGUGUUUUAAAGCCUUCUUUAUGCUAGCAUCACAUCAAGAAAAGCAAAACAUGCAACCUUGUUGUCACUGAAAUGGUUGCUUCAAAGACCGAGACCACAUCUUACAGUCAGAUUUCACCUUCAAACCAACUUUGGUACAUCAAGGCAAUGAUUAAACAGCAACAUGAUGGGUCAGACUGUUGUCUAUCUGCUAUCUGUGACUGAAUAAGUUUAAUGACAGCAAAAAAGCUGUUUGUGAUGAUAUGCUAAUUAACUCUGAUAAAUUGGCAAAAAUUGUAACUGUUGCCCUCUGUUGCAAAUUUGUUGCCAUCUGCAUAAACAGAAACUCACAUUAAUCAGAAAUUCACAUUUACUACAUACAUUCUGACUCCACCCAGAACCUCAUAGAUUUGAAACCGAAAUUCUUCAACAAAAAGUCCCGUAUUUGCAGCAGGGCGGUUAUUUAACUGCAAAAUAACACUGUUGCUUGGCAACCUUCCUUUUUGUAUAGAAAUAUUGUCCUGAGAAUGAAAUCUUUCAGUUUAAUAUGUUUUGUGAUUUGCGUGUUCACUACAGAGGACAUAAAUAAAUGAGUUGAGUCUCAGGAGGAAAUGACCAGAAUAGAUCUGGCAAUGAGUUUGUUCAAGUCCACAGAGAACUUGUGCUCAUUGACUCAGACGUACUCGGAUUGACUGCAGUGUGUUAGAAAUCUGUCUGAGAGUGAUUGCAAUCAGUCUGAGUUGGACCGUGAUUGUUUGGAGACAGGUUGUCUCCCAUCAGGUGACCUGUGCAGCUGUCUUGCAAUUCCCAGUAGCCUCCCACAGGCUGAAAGUGUUACACACUCAGCCUGUGGGUAACCAGGUGCAAUCGGUUACUAAAUGUGAAAAAAAAUCAUUGUGCAAUCACAGAUUUUUUUUAGCAGCAAGGAGGUUGUCAUCCUAUUUUAUACUCAAGUAUGACUGAGCCAUUACACAUUCGGGAAAAUAACGAAACCUAUAAAAAAGUAAAAGGAAAUCCUUAGUAUUUGUUAUAUAUUUGCAUAGAAAACACUGUGGAUACAAAAUACGAGUCCAAGCCAACAGGCAGAAAAUGUCUUAACACUUAAAAUCUAGAUUUUGCUGGAGUAUUCCUUUAACUACAGCCUUAUAUUCACCAACCCUUACUAAUGUGAGCACCAGCUGAGCCCUGUAUUUAGGAUAGAGGUGUAGUUUUGGCAGAGGCUGCUCCACAUGGAGAACAGGGUGAGCGCUUUCAAAACAUGAGCCGUAGCUUUCAUACCCAAGCCUCAUUCUGUACCUGCUGAUGAACUGUAGCCCAACAGCAGCCUUAUCCGCCUCCACACACUGGAGAUAUUUUGCUAUGUUUGGUUUGUUGUUGGAAGUUUUUACUAAGCAGGCAUCUACACAUACUUCCUUAGAGCCAAGUGGACGGGAAAACAAAACAGCACGAAUAAAAAGAGAUAAACUGAAGUAUUUUUGUGAUUGCCAAGGACCAUAAGUACCACCAGUAGUUCUCAAGAAGUACAUGUUUACAUCCUAGAGUGUGAUAAUCCAAAGCAGACAUCUGUAGACUCUGCUUCCACACAUGCCUGCUAACUGAUAAUGUACCUAUAUAUCUAUUAAAGUCGAGAUGUGUUCUUGUGAUGCGAAAUAGACUUAGAUGCCUGAACCCUAGUUUACUUACCUCUUACGCACAUGUGAAAUGACCAAAUAGAUGCGUUUCAGGUCAAAUGAGAGCACAUGAGCAGCUUGUCUACAUGCUACUAUUUUUGCUGAUCUACUCCUGUGAGACGUACGCUCUUCAUGCAUGAAGGGUUACUUUAAAGGGAGUCGGUCAGUAGUUUUUGUAUUUGACUCCACUGCUGUUUUGUACACUUUGUGUAGCUGUUGUGUACUGUACACUACUCUGAGUGAGGUGUUGAUAUUUUUCCCCUCACUCACAAGUCUCUCCUGUAUGAGGGACAACAUGGACUUACUGUCUGAAUGUAUUAUCUUUAUCAUGUUUACAGAUGCAAGAAUGUGAAAAAGACCUUAAAUUUGUUGUAUUUGAUAUGUACAUUCCAUGGCUUGUGUCAAGUGCCUCAAUAAAAGAUUGUCUUUGCAAAAAGGUUCACCUGAAA